AUGAGCUCAAACACGACAGUUGAUGCGUUUGGGCUGUCACCGAACGGUCAGCUAGCUCUGACAGUGACGCAGUGCAUCGUGCAAGGCAUUCUUAUCCCACUAUUUUCGACCUUUCUUUCUACCAGGUCCACUCGCUCCGCUGCCUUCACCACGUAUGUAGUAGCCAUCAACUUGCUUUGUCUGGGACAAACCGCUAUUUCAAUUAUUCAAACUGCGGAUCUACUGAAUUCGGCUCCAUUCCGAGAACCGGUAACUGCCAACUUUGCCCAGUUUGAGAUUUGCCCACUGCUGAUACCAUUGACUUUCAAGCUCUUGCUUGCUUAUGCUAGUCAUACCGUGAUAAUUGGUACUGGCGUACAGGCAUUCUUCGUAGAUCGUUGUUGGAGGAUAUUCAAGAAAAGACUGUGGCCAAUCAUACCCUUUGUGUUGCUCGCUUUGGCUGGGCUUGCCGCAGGGGUUCUCCUCGUCGUAUCCAAAUCUCGGCUUACCAUGGCAAUCCUCGCAUCCGAGGCAAGACCACAAGAUGAAGCUUUACGCGGGUCUUUGGACAACGCCGAUAAGCUACUCAGUAGAGCAGUCUCAGUCUGGGCAUUCAGUUGGUUCGUGCUAGAGUUGGGUAUGACCAUAACCAUCAUUUUCUUCCUUUAUCGAGUGCGCACAGGUUUAUCCAUGCACGAUGGUAUAUUCUCGACUAUCUGGCAGAUAUUAUGCACAUCGAUCACCCCACCAUUCAUUUUAAUGACAAUGGUCAUUGUCGAUGGAUACAUAACCCCAGGGUAUUUAGGUGUAGUAGCUAAAAUAUCAAUAGCGUCAGCAGCGAAAUUCUUCACCCUAUCCCUUAUGAUUAACCUCGUCGGCCAAGGUCGUGUUCGGGAAAAGUUCAAUCGGCUCCACCUGUCGCCUCCAAAUCUGUCGUCCAAUAGGCCUGACGGUGUUAUCAGCGAGGCUGUAUUUGCACGUGAAGUAACAUCCGCACACUCUAUCGAGAUUGAGCGUCGUAGAAGCACUUCGGAUACAGAAUCUACAAGAUUCGGUUCUUUGGAUGUCCCCCAUAAGCAUGAGCGGGAGGGAAGCGUAGAGAAGUGUCAAAUAGCGACCAUACCUCCACCUGGUGCCGAGCCCUGUCAUAGUGCUCAGCACAUCAGCUUUCUCCCGUAG